AUGGAAAAAGUAGCUGGGUUGAUAUCGAAGGAUACUGUUCGGUGGGUGAGCUUCAUCGCUCAAGGAAGACUUAAAUGUUUGGACGUGCGACCACGAAAGGAAUUUCAAAUUCGACAUCUAUAUGGGUCUGUAAAUAUCCCUAGUACUAGCAUUGCAGGUUGCUGGUUUCAAUUACCAGCGAAGCAGGAAGGAUUUGUGGUCUUAGAACAAGAUGGUACCUAUAUUGACGAUGAAGAAGGGGAUUCUUGUUCUGAACAGUUACGACAGAAAGGAUGGAAAAUUGAAGGAUCCAUACGUGCAAACACUGAAUUCUGGCAAUGGAUCGAGCAAAAGGGCUUGAUCGAACAAGGAGAAAGCAAAAGAUUGUUGUUUGAACCCAGUCCUCAUUUUAAAGAGACAAUACCAGUGAUUGAGGAGAGCUUAAGUAAAUCAGAGGCACGAGCGCUAGACAUUGGAUGCGGUUCCGGUAGAGAUUUGGCGUGGUUAUGCUCGAGAGAAAGCAAAAUUCGAUACAAGGUUACGGGUGUGGAUGCAGAAAAGCGAGCCAUUUAUAGGUUCUCAAGUCUAUUUGAAACGUUGGGAUAUGAAGACCGCAUUGAACAUAGACAAAUCGCUAAAAUGGAUCCAGUAGGCAAAUGGAAAUGCUACAAUAUAGAAGGAAAGAGAGAUACCAAUAUUCCAGAGCUUUCGACUUUAGACCUUGUAAAACUAUUUGGGACUUUUUCGGUUACAGAAUCCAGUCUGCAGGAUGAAAAAUAUGACUUGGUCGUCCAAAUUCGAUUCUUGCAUCGAUUGCUCUUAACCCAGACUGAUCAGUUACUUUGUGAUAAUGGGUUUCUGUUUCUUUGUACCUUUGUGAAUGAUGGCAUUCAUGACUAUGAGUAUCCCAAAGGUCAAGAACACCGGCUCGAGCUAGGGGAGGCUGCACAACUCGUAAGGUCUUCUUCACCUUCCAUGAAAAUUUUAAAAGAAGAAAUUGGUUUCAUUGAAGAUGGCCGGCCGGUUCAAGUUUUGCUUGCUCAGAAGCAAGUCAAUGCUCCUUAA